AUGGACACGUCCUCCGUCAAUCAGCCAUAUGUUGGUGUUACUCAUAACAUGACCUUUGGCGUUGCGCGCAACUCAACCUUAAGGGAUCAACAGCCCUCACUUGAUGAGGUGUUGAAGAAUGAGGCUCCCUAUCCUUAUACUCUCGAGUCCUUCACAGCCUUUAUGUCUCAAGCACACUGUCUUGAAAUCCUCGAGUUCAUACUGGAGGGCAGGCGAUAUAAGGACAUCUAUGAACUUAGCUCGGUAGUUGUGGGAACUCACAUAUCUCCUGCCCGCCGCAAAUCACGAGUAUUGCUUGAGCUUUGGCAGCAGCUACUAUCAACCUAUCUCCUCGCGGGAUCGCCACGAGAAAUUAACUUGGGAAGCAACCAAAGACAUGGCUUGCUAGCGUAUCACGAUUUGGAGAAACCUCCGGCUCCCGCAAUACUUGAUGCGAUCGAACAGGAAAUGCUUGAUCUUCUCUCUGCAUCGAUUUUUCCAUCCUUCUUGAAUGAGAUUGUGUCGACAGAGGGGGCCGCAACACACUCGGGCGCUCCCUAUCUGGAUAGAACAAUGUCUAUCAGUUCAACUGUGCUAUCACCGUACGACGGCCAGAUGAGAACCAAUCCAAGGCCUCAUGUUGAUACUCUCGGCGGCGUGAGGGCCAGAGAUAGUUACAUAUCGUUGAGGGAGCCUGCAACUAACCACAACACCGGCUACAGUUCCCUGCCCCUCGAUGAUUUUUCGAGGGCCGUGGACAGACACCCAUGCGGCUUUCCAGCUGACAAGGGGAAGGAACGGACGUACUUUGAUUCUGGUGAUUUUGCUCUCGCCAAGGCUCAUCAAGUGACCGACAACGGCCCCAUUCAAACAGGCAGAGAACAUCCCCGUCGCGAGAGCAUUUCGCACCCUUAUGCUCCUGUCCCAAGCGGGAGUAACGUGGACAACGAUGCCAAUGAGGACUUGGAUAGGAAGACCGCCAGUCCAGAAAGGAGCCUGCUCCACCAGCAGACAAAUAUUGAACCUGAAGACUGCACCACGUAUGAGGAGGGGCAGAGCAAAACUAUCUCGAAAUAUGACGAGGCGACGUUGUAA